GCGGUUCACAGUGCUUGCGAUGAGCUCCGGGAGCUCAUUUACAGACAAACGAGGGGUAUCUCGAGGUCGUGGAUGUGGAUGCAUUCGUUGAGCUGGGAGCUGCUGGCGGGGUGAUCGGGGCAGGAAGCGGCGAUUGUUGGGUUCCUCUGUGGAUAUAUAUAUUAUCCCUCGGAAUGCGCUGUUGCCGGGAUCGUGUUGAUGCGCUGAAGCUGGUGGGUUUGCGCGAGCAGACAGGGAAUCUUUCGUCAGUUUGGACGAGGUUGAGCGCUUGUGGCGCCGUAGCGCUGGAAAUGUGCGUGGCUGCGAGGAUUGAAGUGUUGUUGCUCCCCUAGUGUGAAGGACCCGGGUGUGUGAGAAGGCCAUUGAGUUGGGCCUGCCUUCUUUGGGUUCCCAUAACCCAAUUGGGUAGCUAUGGGGAAUUGUCUCCGGGUGUGUGCUGGAGAUGAUUCGGACUCCGAGAACACAACCUAUCAAGGUUAUCAAGGUUCCUAUGGAUCUUUUGAGGAACCGCCGCACCGCCCGAUCGUGGUUACCUUGGAUGGGUAUAGUGCGUUUACUCGAGAUUUACAAGAAUUCAAAACCACAAAGAAGUUGCCUCCUGAAUUGAGCAACUGGGUCUCUGUGUCCAAACGCCAUCAAACCAACUGGUAUCAAAUGCUUUUGGAUGCUUGGGACACCACAAGACCAAUUCCAGCAACUGCGGGACAGGUUAGAGUUCUGAUUAUACGGACGCUUGAAGGUCGCAUCCACGGCUAUGAGCUCCAGAGUUUACUGCAGUUUUAUCAUCUCAACAAUUUGCCUCCAGAACCAAAAAAGCCUCAAGUGCCUCAAGUGCCUCAAGAGCCGCAAGUACCUAAAAAGCCGCAUGUGAAACAAGAGCCACAAGUACCCAAAAAGCCGCAUGUGAAACAAGAGCCACAACCAUCUAGAAAGCCGCAAGUGUCUCAAAAGCCAGAACGGCCUCGAGGGACUAAAUAUCCUACAGUCGAACCUGACGUAGAAUACGUCAUUGUCACCAUGCCUAUUAAGAAAAACUGUGUCGGAGACGGAGACGGAUUCACUGCAUUUGUGGAAGUUGAUAAGGAUUCAAGAGAGAAGUAUCAAUUACCAGAGGAGAUAAAGGAUAACGUGAAGAAGAGGCGGGAUGCCCUCGCCCGGCACGACACCGCAACUGUGAAUGAAAUGAACAACAGCAUGAGGAGAUCGGGAUACAAGGUAAUUAACGGUCACAAGUUGGUACGCGUAUACCGGAUCCGCUUGAAGGGUGUGGAUGCCCCAGAACUCGGACAACCCUUUGGUGAUGAAGCGAAACAAAUCCUUGCUGAGAUUGUGCAAGAUUGUAAGCUCUCUAUCCAAGUGUACUACAAAGACAUAUACGAUAGAGAAGUUGGAGAUGCUUAUGUUUGCGACACUGGCAUUUUCGUUCAGGAGGAACUCCUCAAGAAGGGAGCUGCACAUCAUCAUAGAGUUUUUGAUUGUCGCCCAAAUUUUGCGAAGUGGGAAGCAGCUGCCAGAGCUGCUCGUGUUGGCUUAUGGGCCGCUGCACAUAUUGAGACGCCUUGGGAUUAUAAGAAAAAGGACAGCCAGAAACGCAACAACAGGGGAGGUGGCUAGACUGUUGAUACUGCUGAAGUUUGGAGCAAGUUGUCAACCAGGAAAUGGUUUAAAUUCCAUGAGUUGAGGUAUUUAAAUUUGCUCCAGACAAGGAGGAAUUGGAGAGUGUUAUUGUUAUCCUCUUCUUUUUCUUUUUUUUUUCUUUUUUUUUUUUUUUUGUUCCCCCCCCCCCCAUCCCCCCCUUCCAAAGCACCUGAUUGUAAUUUUUUGUAUACUUGCCAAUCUAGUGUACAGCACUAAUGGACCUCUCCAUAUUUUGAUAA